CACGCACACACACAAACACACGCACGCACACACACCACACACAUACACGCCGACUGUCACAGCUCAGCAGUUCUCUGUGUACCUGCGCUCGCAAACAGAGGCGGUGCGCUUUACCCAAAUGGACCCGGUGGAUUUUACUUGAGGAACGACAGAAACAGGGCAGUUUAAACAAUUAGCAAUGUCUCUAUAUUGCAUUGCAUGGAUUUGCGGAUCGUUCUUUUCCCCGUUUUUGAAGAGGUAACAGUAAAGGUGCAUGCAUGCCAACAUGGAUUGCCUUUUCCUUUUGCUCUGGAGUUUACAAGUCCCUCUGGUAAACAGCACAUCGGUGAGGUUACUGGCGAGUGUGUCGUUUGGGAACUUUAUUAAGGCUCUGCAGUUCUGUUGCUUCCACUCUGUGACAUCGGUCUCAUUUACCGGCGACACCGGCGGCCUCUAUCAAGAUUACGAUUUUGCCACACCAGUGCAAGUGGACUCAUUUGGAGGCUACAUUUCCCAUGAUGUGUCAAGACAUGAACGGAGCAGGAGGUCCCUGUCAGAAACUGGCAGUUCAGUGCACUAUCAUGUUUCUGCAUUUGGCAAGGAAUUGCAUUUAGACCUGCAGCCAUCCCAUGUGCUGGCAAAGGGGUUUACCAUACAGACACUGGGUGCAGAGGGCAUCAACACAGCAACCCUUGACCCUUCUAUUCAUAACUGCCUCUAUCAGGGUUCCAUACGAAACCAUUCUGAAUCCUCUGUGGCUAUAUCCACCUGCACAGGUCUGUCAGGUCUGAUCCGGUUCUCCGGUGAGGAACUUCUCAUCACUCCGCUACCGCAGCAUUUGGCUUUACGACACAACUACAGCGCCCCCUCUGGACAUCACCCACAUGUCAUCUACAAGCGAUCAGCUGAGCGCAGAGUGCACGCUGAUAAGACUGACUGGACUAGCGGCUUUAAACCAAACAACCCCUACGAGGACCACCGCCAUCAUCAACGUCACAGUCACCAUGACUACCAGCACGGAAAGCUCCAGAGACAACACUUCUGCGGACGCCGCAAGCAAUAUACUCCCAAGCCUCCUACAGAGGAUCAUUUUUUCAUGCCUGAUGAGUUCGAGCUGCAAAGCCGGGUGAAACGCUCAGAGAUUACAUCGAGCAAAGAGGGUGGUCUGAACGUGGAAACUCUGGUGGUGGCAGACAGGAAGAUGCUGGAGAAACAUGGAAGAGACAACGUCACUACUUAUGUCCUUACUGUCAUGAACAUGGUCUCCAGUCUUUUCAAAGAUGGAACGAUUGGAAAUGAUAUCAACAUUGUUGUCGUCAGCCUCCUGCUACUUGAGAAAGAUCCGCUGGGCCUGUCUAUCAACCACCACGCAGACCAAUCCCUCAACAGCUUCUGCCAGUGGCAAUCAGGCCUGAUAGGUAAAAAUGGCAAGCGGCACGACCAUGCUAUACUGUUGACGGGGCUGGACAUCUGCUCCUGGAAGAAUGAACCUUGUGACACCUUGGGUUUUGCUCCAAUAAGUGGGAUGUGUAGCAAAUAUCGUAGCUGCACGAUUAAUGAAGACACAGGGCUGGGUCUCGCUUUCACUAUCGCCCACGAGUCAGGACAUAAUUUUGGAAUGAUCCAUGACGGAGAGGGGAAUCCCUGCCGGAAGACUGAAGGAAACAUAAUGUCUCCCACAUUGGCUGGGAAUAAUGGUGUUUUCUCAUGGUCUGCCUGUAGUCGGCAAUACCUGAACCGAUUUUUAGGUACAGCUCAGGCUUCGUGUCUAGUGGAUGAGCCCAAGCAAAUAAGCCAGUACAAGUACCCUGAGCAGCUUCCAGGUCAGCUGUACGAUGCCGAUAUACAGUGCAAAUGGCAGUUUGGCUCAAAGGCCAAACUGUGCAGCCUGGAUUUUGUAAAGGACAUCUGUAAAUCGUUGUGGUGCCACAGAACAGGGCACCGUUGUGAGACCAAGUUCAUGCCUGCUGCCGAGGGCACCAUCUGUGGACUAGACAUGUGGUGCCGGAGAGGACAGUGUGUCAAAUUUGGUGAUCAUGGUCCUAGAGCUGUACAUGGCCAGUGGUCGGGCUGGUCUGAGUGGUCCGACUGUUCGCGUACCUGUGGUGGAGGAGUCAUGUACCGAGAGAGAUCAUGCAACAGCCCCAGCCCACAGCACAACGGCAAGUUCUGCCAAGGCCCCAGUCGACAGCACCAGCUGUGUAACACCAAGCCAUGCCAGCCCAAUGGAGUGGACUUCAGAGCUCAGCAGUGCGCCGAGUACAACAGCAAACCCUUCAGGGGAUGGUACUACAAAUGGAAGCCAUACACCAAAGUGGAAGAAGAGGACAUCUGCAAGCUGUACUGCAUUGCUGAGGACUUUGAUUUUUUCUUCGCUAUGUCCAGCAAAGUCAAAGAUGGGACGUCUUGCUCUGACAACAAAGGAGGCGUGUGCAUCGAUGGGAUAUGUGAGCCGGUGGGCUGUGACCAGGUGUUGGGAUCAAAGGCCUCUCUAGAUGCCUGUGGGGUGUGUAAAGGAGACAACUCCACCUGCAAGUUCUACAGUGGCCAGUACACCCUUCAGCACAGAGCCAAUGAGUAUUAUCCCGUUGUGAUGGUUCCUGCUGGAGCGAGGAGCAUCAGGGUGCAGGAGAUGGAGAUCUCUACCAGCUACCUGGCUGUCCGCAGCCUGAAGCGUGGCACUUACUACCUGACGGGGGAUUGGACAGUGGACUGGCCGGGCAAAUUUCAGUUUGCUGGCACUACGUUCAACUAUCAGCGCUCUUUCAACCGGCCUGAGACCUUGUACGCCACCGGCCCCACUAAUGAGACCCUGCUCUUUGAAAUUCUUCUUCAGGGUAAAAAUCCCGGUGUAUCAUGGGAGUAUACUCUACCCCAUCCAGAGAAGAAGCACAACUACACCUGGUCUGUGGUGCGUUCUGACUGCUCAGCGCCUUGUGCUGGGGGUCGGGUCUCGACGAAAGCUAUUUGUCUGCAGGAUCAGGCCAUGCAGGUCAACUCUUCGCUCUGCAACCCUCAGACCAGACCUGUGGUGGGCUCUCACCUGUGUAACACACAGCCCUGCCCUGCCUAUUGGACGACAGGCAAAUGGGGAGUGUGCAGUAGAACAUGUGGAGGCGGGCAGCAGACGCGAAACAUCCGUUGCAUGAGGAAGGUGACAUACCAGCGUGAAGAGGUGGCGGCUCACUCCUUAUGUCCAGUAAUGUCUCCGGCCCAACUACAGCCCUGCAACACACAGACAUGUCCUCCAGAGUGGAGCACUGGCUCCUGGUCACAGUGCUCUAAGACCUGUGGGCGAGGGUUGAAGAAGCGCAGUGUUUUCUGCAGGAGCACUGAUCCAGGUGCCAGGGCUGUGGUGGUGCCUGACAGCAUGUGUAAAUUACACCUGAAGCCCAAAGCCCAGGAGACAUGUGUGCUGAGCCGCUGUCCCAAGAAUGAGCGUCUUCAGUGGAUAACUACCACCUGGGGAGAGUGUUCGGCCUCCUGUGGAGCAGGAGUAAGGAGAAGAGAGCUGCAUUGCGGGGAGAAAGACUCCCAAGGGGGCUACACAGAGUUCCCUACAAGGAGGUGCAGGAACUUACGGAAGCCCCAAGCAGACCUUGAGCAAGCUUGUAAUAACGGCCCCUGCCCAGAGCCCCCGCCACCCCAGCUCCUCCAGCCUGGUCUAGACAGGGGCGGCACUUCUUUGACUUUGGGCUGGUAUUCCUCUCCUUGGCUGCAGUGCACUGUGUCCUGUGGCGGUGGGGUGCAGACACGAAGCGUUCAGUGUCUGAGACAGGGGCGUCCGUCAGUGGGCUGUUUACCUCAUCAGAGACCCAUAAGCUCACGAGCCUGCAAUACUCACUUCUGUCCUGCUCCAAUCCCAGUCCCACCUCCAUCACCCACACUUAAAGAAGACCAGCCUUGCAUCGACUUUUUCAGCUGGUGUCAUCUGGUGCCUCAGCACGGUGUUUGCAAUCACAAAUUCUACGGUCAACAAUGCUGCAAGUCCUGCUCUGCCAAAAGACAGUAAAGCAGAAGAUCUUCACUUCCCACAAGCCUCCUCACUGACUCUUUGAGAUCUGUUGAUCGUUAUGAUAAAGAUGACCACUACGGACAAGUUGAUAUUUGCGAGAUGUGGCACAGAAAGAGGCAUUCCAGUGGACCUUGUCUUGGACUGAUGAGAGAUAACGAGAGCCUGGUAUCCAAGGAACUCAAGAAACUCUGUACAUUGGACAAUUGCACCAGAUUCUGGCUUCAUUGAUGGCGUAUCAUAACUAGAAUUGUGGUUCUUCAAUAACCAAUCUGCAGAACAUUUAUUUUGUAAAUACACUGUAAAAAAAUGUGCUGUAAAAUAAUGGUAAUCUACUGGCAGCUGUGGUUGCCGGUAAUGUGCUGUUAAUUUGCAGCCCUCUACCAUAAAUUUACAGUUCUCCUUUUGUACAGUAUGUUACCGUAAUACUACCAUGGAAAUGAACUCAUUUCAUUUGGGAAACCAAUUGCUUCAAACAGUUCGAGUUUAAAAACUAGUAUUUAUACAGCUUUAGUACUGUGAACUUAUUUCAUUUGAGUCAACUGAAAAUGAUUAUUUCUUAACUGCAAACACUUAAUGUAUAAUAGUGAAACAAUUAAAAACAUGACUUCAACUCAAAUCUUUGCAGCUUGUCCAAACUAGCAAUAGCACACAUAUAUGUGUUAAAGUACUUAACAAACAGCUUAUCACUGCAUCAGAAGCGACAAAGUUACUGCCUUUCAGUAAAGCAACAUGCAGCAUAUCAUCAGUGUUUCUCAGCUCAUCACUGACUGAAGCACAGGCUCUAUUCUCCAGCAUAAUGGUAAUCCCCAAAAUGAAUUAAUUAAAUUAAAAUAUCUCUCCUAUAUCAUCUUGUACAAAAACACUUCAGUUCAAUAUUUACUCUCCUUAUCAGUUAUUGACUUUGCAUAACUUUUCUAUUUCUAUUAACUUUCACUAAUAUUUCAGUGAAAUUAAAUUGUUUUGUAUAGUAAAUCUGACUGUUAUGUUUGAAAGAAUAUUACUGUUUUUUCCUUUAUUUUAGGGUAAUCUGCUGUCAGCAGGGUUGGCAGUAAAUUGCUGUUUUUUUUUACAGUAUGUUGCCGUAAAUUAAUUUACUGUUGAUUACUGUUAAAUUACGUUUCACUGUUUUUUUUCAUCUUACACCUUUAACCCUUUUAAUCAAAAUCUUCAGUUUUAAAUGAACACUUGUAUGUGUCCACACUACAGAGUGUUAGAGUAACACUGAAGCAGUGUUGA